AUGUCCGACGACGAGCUGGACAGAGAAUGGAAACCCUCGGCAAGACCGCAGUCGACAAUGGCUCGAUCCUUUUCUCUCGCUCUCAAUGACCUCUUCAAAAUCGAUAACAGCGUGGCAGAUCUGGAUGCUGCCGUCUACGAGAAAAAGAAAGCCGUCUCCACCCAGACCUCCGAACUCGAAGCACUUGAAGCCCGACUGAAGGCGACCGAGGAACGAUUGAAGAAGGCCAGUGCAGGAAGUCCGCCAGGCAAGUCAUCAACUGGCAGAUCCAGUCCUCGAUCGAGAGUACCUCUCGGCGAUACGUUCAAGGAAGAAGAGCAGGCAACCAGUCCACUUGCAUCCGAAUUCAGAAUAUCCCGACCGAAUACCGGUCGACCACAAACAAAGGAGGAAUGGAAGCCAGAUACAUAUUCUGCACCAAUGCCAGGAGCACUUCCUCCUACCCCAGGUGCUAGCGAAGGUGAAUCCGAAUCCGAAUAUGUUCUGGUCUCAAGAAGGCAGAGUGCUGACACAGCGGAAGAUGGAGACAACCCUCCACACCAGAAGUAA